AUGGAGACCAAGGCCGAGGCCGAGGAGGCGGUCUGUGGCGUGCCCGGUCGGCUUGGCCGUGAGGCAGCGCGCGCCGAAGAAGGGGAAAGCCAGAGGGAAGAAGGGGGAAGCCAGAGGAUAGAAGGGGGAAGCCAGACGGAAGAAAAGGGGAGAGUCGACGGGGCAACCGCCUCUGGGAUCGGCUGUCGGAGCUCUUCGCUCCGAGAGGAACACCGCAGCGCGCCCAACUCUUCCUGUUCUGGCCCCGCGGCCUCCGCCGCGUCUUCGCAUCCUCGGUCGGAGGCAUCGUCUACGCGUUGCAUCUGUGCUUCGCGCGCUGUCCUGAGGUUCCACCCUUUCACCUUGAGCAUCGACGUCUCCUUUUGGCGGAGGCUGGGAGAAACGAAACUGCGCGAGUGGCGCUUGCAGACGCCGUGGACCCCGUUGCUGGCUGUCUCGACGCCGAAACACUUUGUGUCGCGAGUCACGCCAUCUCGCGCACCCGCGUCGUUUUCUCCGGGGGGACGAACAGAGUGGAGACGUGAGAAGGCUGGUUCUGCAUCCCCCUGUUCACUGUCGCCGGCUAUCUUUCGUCUCGAUCAGAACGCCUUCGAUCUUGCGUCUCACCCUCGCUUCCUCUCGUCCUCGUCGGACGCCUCCCCUGCGGCGCCCUGCUUCACAGGAGAGGUGCCGCUCCUCGGUUUCUUGUACAACUGCAAUUCCUUGGAGCAGUUCAAAGCCUUCAACCGCCAGGCCGCCGUCUCUCAAAUUCUGCAAGCACCUAUUCUCUCCGCGAGUUCGCUUUCUUCUCAAGAGGUGAGACGAGGGUCGGCGUCUCCGGACGAGGCUCAAAACGCGUGCGGAGACUCGCCUGGCCUUCUUCAACUUCCUGUCUAUGAAGACGCCUUCUGGGACUUCCCCUCCCGCACAGCUUCGCUCCACCAGCACAACCGUCCUGCGUCCACGGGAUCCGCGUCCCUCGCACCUCAGUCUUCCCCUUCUUCUGCGUCGUCGCUUUCUCCUGCGUCUUCUGCCGUUGCCUCGGAAGCGGUUUCUGGGAGGCGUGACGCCCCGUGGCUGUCGCAGUGUCUGUACACUGCGUUGCCGCCCAUCGCCUUGGCGUGUCGCUUUUUCCUCAUCACCUUCAUUGAUCUGAAGGCAUUUGUCGCCUUCUACUCCGUCGCCGUCCCAGCGGUGCGACCUGGCACAGACUUCGCGGUGCUGUCUCCGCCUCGGGGCGCCCUUCUGCAGGCUCACGGGGCCUCUCGCGGAGGGAAGCACGAAAAAAGGGAAAGGACAUGUGGUCCCCAGAAAGGCGAAGAAGAGAAAGACGACAGAGCGAGAGAGGCCGAGGGCGAGGAACAGAGAGAGAAGAGAGAAGACGCGCAGAAGGCUCUCUCCUCUCACCUUUCCAAAUACGGUUCGCGUUCGUGUCCGAUUUCGGCGGCGAGCACUCCCGCGCCUCCAUUUCUGCGUUCGUCGGGUGUCUGUACACUGCAUCUCUGCUACCUGGACCCGAGCGGAGACCCCCAGGCUCUCGGGUGGCCUCUCCGAAAUCUUCUGCUUCUUCUUUCGGUUCGCUUUUCACUCUACAACAAAGUCCUGUCGCUCUUGUCGUUCCGCGAUCUCUUGCUCCAUCACGGGAAAGUGAUCCAGAAAGACGCCGUGGAGCUGAACGUACAGCUCAUUCGCUGGCGGCUGCUGCCUGCCUUCGAGCCCCGUCGGAUCCAAGAUCUUCGCGUGCUUCUUCUUGGCGCAGGAACCCUCGGAUGCGGUGUCGCCCGUCUCCUGGUUGCUUGGGGAGUUAGGGACUUCACCUUCGUCGACUCGAGCUGUGUCGCGCUUUCGAAUCCUGCUCGGCAGUGUCUGUACACCUACGAAGACGCCAUGCCUCAGGGAACGGGUGACCAAUCGGGAGGCGAACCGGGCUCCAGCGGCGUGAAGAAAGUCGACGCGGCCUGCCGCCGCCUGUUGGCGAUUCGCCCAGACUUGCGGUGCCGGGGCUUCGACCUCGAAAUUCCCAUGCCAGGGCAUCCGCGCUUUGGCCACUCGACUCCGCCUGGUGGCCGCAGUCUUGAAGAGGCGCACGAUCUUCUCGCGUCUUUGAUCGAUGAACACGACGUCGUCAUGAUGUUGACGGAUUCCAAAGAAUCGCGAUGGCUAGCUUCCCUCAUCGUCGCCGACAGAACUCUCGACCAGCAGUGCACCGUGACGCGACCCGGCAUCAGCAGCUUCGCAUGCAGCGUCGCCGUCGAGCUUCUCGCGGCCUUGACUCAACAUCCCAAGGGAUUCGCUGCUCCUCACAUUCCCUCCGAUCCUCUCGCGUCCGUCCACCCUUCCUCGGAGUCUUCUCGCAGUUCUGCUUCGGGGUCAAGCGGCGCUGGCGUCAGGAGGCGCGACGAGGCGCGGCGAGGCAGAAGCGGAGAGAGGCACGUGGAGGACUUCUCGUGUAUGGGAGCGACGCCCCAUACCGUGCGAGGCUAUUUCUCGAGUUUUCGCAUGCUGUCAUUGGCCUCGGAGAGGAACCCGCAGUGCGUCUGCUGCUCCAAUGCGAUCUUGGAGAAAUACCGCGAGAACCGCGUCCAGUUUCUGCGGGAGGUGAUUGCCAGUUCCUCGGUUCUCGAAAAAUAUUCGGGCCUCGAAGAGUUGCAGAAGCAAAUCGAGGCGCGAGGCGAGGACGCCGACGUCGUCUGCCUCAGCGACGAAGAAGAGGACGAAAACGAGUAG